AGCACGACGACCCGACAACAACCUCCACCAUGGCUGACUCCGAAUAUAACGCCGCCGAGGCCGCCGAGAUCAAGAAGAAGAGAACCUUCCGCACCUACUCCUACCGAGGAAUUGGUCUCGACCAGCUCCUCGACCUGUCCUCUGAGGAGUUGCGCGAUGUCAUGCACGCGCGCGUCCGCCGCCGCAUGAACCGCGGUCUCAAGCGCAAGCCUAUGGGCCUCAUCAAGAAGCUCCGCCUCGCAAAGGCCGCCGCUCCCCCGAACGAGAAGCCCCCGCUGGUCAAGACCCAUCUCCGCGACAUGGUCAUCGUCCCCGAGAUGAUUGGUAGCGUCGUCGGCGUAUACAGCGGCAAGGAGUUCAACCAGGUCGAAAUCAAGGCCGAGAUGGUUGGCCACUACCUUGCUGAGUUCUCUAUCUCAUACCGCCCUGUCAAGCACGGAAGGCCCGGUAUUGGUGCCACCCACUCUUCCCGUUUCAUUCCUCUGAAGUAAGCGCCGGAACGGACAACGUUGGCGGCAAAAUGGGUGGCGUUGGAAUUCACGGAUUACAUGCAUCUUUCUGUGUGGUAUGGCUCAAGGCCGCUGGCGGGACAGGUACGCUGGG